AGAACUGACAUUUAUAGCUAAAUUGUAAAUAGACUUUAUGGACACCCUGUAUAUCUGGAUACCAUGAGGCAAUAGAAUUAUCAGACUUCUCUGCGCCACAGGGUGGUUCAUGUAACUGACUGAUUACGACUUCUUUCAAUUCCAUAUCUGACGCGGCGGUGUGGCUCAUCGUGCUAAGCUUUAGGAAUACGCUUCCGCCCCACCUCUGAUUACCCUGCGUGGGUUUGAAUCCCAUGCAGGGAUGGUUACGUGUGAGAGGAUUGCUGGACUCCUCACCGCCGAUUGCGUGGUUAAUGUAACCGAUGGUCGGUUACGGCUUCCUCCACCAUCAAGUCCAUGCUUCCAAAAUCAAAUAACUAAUCCCAUACCCUACUUGGAACGGUAACCGGAGGAGAGGCCAUGGUUCACCAUAUGGUUAAGCCAUCUUAUCGGCUUUCCUCUCCCCCAGUACACAUAUGUAAAUCCUAUCCGUGGUUUACCUCCCUCAUGAAAAUUAUCAAUGUUGAAUCCGAAUACCCUGUAUGAGAGAAUUGCUGGGAUCCUUAGUGUCACAUUGUGGUUUAUGUAACAUCUUAUGGCUUCUUCAAACUCCAUAUCCACAUUUGUUACUUCAACUCAGCUGCAAGCUGUCGCUGACUAGAUGACUCUGUGAGUCUUUUCGCGUCAACUGCACCAAGCCGAUAUCUGGUUGUCAUUUUGUUACAUUAUAUUAUUUAUUCAUUUUUCAUAUCGCGCAUUGUUUUUGCAUGACGAAAAAAUAAAUAUCUGAAUCUAUCCCUGGUUAUCUUAUUAAAUACUCAUUUGCUUAUAUUGAACUAUGUUGUGCCAGAUUGUCUGAGUUAUUUUAGCUCAGUGGUUCUCAACCAGUGAUCUGUGGUCCAUCAAGAGGCCCCUGAUUUUUCUAUUGUCUCUACAAGACAACUCCCCUUUCUUCUUAGUUUCAUUGCUUGAUAACGUUAUUUCGUGGGGUGUUUUCACUGUUUGAGCAUAAUGAAAUUUGAAAUUGACCACAGAAAUGAUAAACGGGGGCCAUGAGUGCCAAAAGCCUUCAGAAGAGGGCCACAAGCCAUAAAAGGUUGAGAACCACUGUCAACUUAUUAUCUUUGUUUUUUUAUAACUUUAGAAUAUGGAAACUGUGCUUAAAGAUUUAACUUAUGUUGAAAUUUGUCUUGAUGAAGACAUAAUAUAGGAAGCAAGCCUUUUAUCUGAGGAGAUAAAUAGAGAGGAAAUUACAAGUAUUUCUGGCAACACUACAGUAGAAGAUAUUUGCAAUGCUGAUAAUAGUGAUAAAUAUGUGCCAUGUGAAGACACAGGAGAAUUUACGAGCCAUAACCAACAUACUGCUAGAACUGAUAUAAACAGCACUGUUAUCUUUGGAGAAGACAAUCAUGAAUUUGAUUCUAAAGAAUCCUCCGUCAUAACAAUGCAGGAGCAGAAUGAACCCACUGCUGUUUUUGUAACUGAUUCCAACUCAGGGUUCUUAUCAAAAGAUGAAUUAUCUGACUAUCUUCAACAGGAAUUGCCCAGCGGUAUUGAUAAUGCCUAUCUAAGUGAUAAUGGCUUAAUGACUGAUGAUGGGCACAAUAAUAACAAUAAUAACACCCGUCCACGACUAGGUGAUAAGAAUGGAUCGAAAUUGCCCACCAGUAUUGAUAACGCUCAUCCAUUCGAUAACAGGCGGAAAUCGUCUAAUUGUAAUGUAGGCACCUAUCUGAGUGAUGAGGAAUUAACUACUGAUAAAGAAGGAAUGUUACCCAACUCCAAAGAUAGCACUUCUCUAAGUGAUAAAGAUCUCAUUGUUGAUAAGGAUUCCCAUACUAAUGAGAAUUAUUUUGAGAUAGCUCGCAGUUUCUUGAAUGACGUUAUUGAUUAUAUUAUCGAAAAAGAAGUUUCUGAUAAAACUGAAAGUUGUAACAUAUGUGAGAGGAGAUUCGGCACAUUAGCCAAAUUGGAAAGACAUUUGAAGUUUCACUAUAAAGGCCGAAAAAUACUUUAUUGCUCUGUGUGUGGCAAAGAUUUUGGUCAAAAAUCGCAUCUGGAGUAUCAUAUGGUGCUACACACCGGUGUAAAGGCGUAUUCAUGUGAAAUAUGCGGAAAGACUUUCACUCAAAAAUCGUCGUUAAACAUGCAUAUAAAAUCUCACACAUCUCAACCAAAUGUUCCUUGCGAGAUAUGCGGAAAAAAGUUUUGGACAAAAUACAUCUUAAAUUUACAUACGAGGAAACGACAUAUGGGGUUGCCCUUUGUUUGUAACAUUUGCGGAAGUUCUUUUAGUGGAAAACAAGGUUUGCUACACCAUGUGAGCCUACAUCCUCCACAUAUAUGUGAAACAUGUGGCAAGGAGUUUGACAAUUAUAAAAGUCUUCGCUUGCAUAAAGAUUCUCAUAAACCAAGUUGGCCUGAGCAUGUCUUUGCGGACGGUGUAAAAGGUUUUCGUUGCGAAGUUUGUAGAAGAACAUUUCGACGAAGACAAGACUUUACUUUCCAUUCUCAAGCUCAUGCUCCAAAAGUUCAUAAGUGUCAAGUUUGUGGUGCUGGAUUCGUGCGGGAUAGCUAUUUAAAGAAGCAUAUGAUUGCACACUUAGAAAGACCGUAUAAAUGUGAAUCAUGCUGGAAAAGUUUCCAUCAUAUAAGGUCGUUAGAAAAUCAUCAAAUAUAUCAUACAGGAAUAAAGCGCUUUGAUUGCAACAUUUGCGGAAAAGGAUAUUAUUGGAAACAUCGCUUGGCUAUACAUCUAAAACUUCAUAAAAAUGUAAAAACUGAAAAUGCUGUACCUAGUAAUGAUUCUGAAUUUGCUCAGCAAACUUCUUCUACAUUACAAUGUAGAAAAAAGGAGAUGGAUGGAGCAUCUGGAAUUGGUAGCACAGCACCAAGUAAUGGAGGUGUAAUGUUAGGAAAUUGUAUUUCCGUAGGACAAAAAGGGAACUCACAAACAAUUACAUUCACAAUAGGGGAAGCUGAGGAAUUCAAUCUUGGUUCUGUGAAAUUUACCGGGCAUAAAAUAGUAUUCUCUCCUGAAGUGAAUUCAUUGUCUCUCCCUUCUGAACAAACUCGAGCAAUAGCAAUUUUGGAUGCUGAAUCGAUAGUGAAAUUCGCCAUGCAUAACAUGUCGAAAAAAACUAAAGAACCAGUUAAGGUUCCAAAGAUGGCGAACAUAAUGACGAUAAAAGAGGGGGAUACUGAUCCCUAUAAGAUCAGGACUAUGGGUGAUGAGCACUCAUAAAAAAUGGACAGUUGACCGCCAUGUCGUGCUGAGCGUCAGGAAUACGUUGCCAUCGAACCUCUGAACAUCCUACGCUUAGAAUCUCAUGGGCAUUAUUAUCACCAUGCCCGACAUGAACUGGUAACCGGACGAGUUAAGCGUUA